AUGGCACGAAUCCUCAUCACAGGCUCUUCUGACGGCCUAGGUGCAGUCGCCGCCCGCACCCUCCUCAAAAACGGCCAUCAAGUCGUCAUUCACGCCCGCAACGCGCAGCGAGCUGAAGAUGCGAAGACCGCCGUGCCAGGCGCCGAGACAGUUCUCAUCGGCGAUCUCUCCAAGAUUGCAGAGAUCAAGAAACUCGCCGAAGACGCCAACAAACUGGGAACAUUCGACGUCGUCAUCCACAAUGCAGGUCUCUACCGCGGGCCGUAUCGCAAGACCGAUCUCGGACUGCCAAGCUUAACUGCAGUCAACGUCUUUGCGCCCUACAUUCUCACGUCCUUGAUACACAAGCCCAAGAGGAUUGUGUACAUCUCUUCCGGACUGCACAAGAGCGGCGACACUAGCUUCACUGACCCUACGUGGCGCGAGCGCGGUGAGGGAGGCUGGAAUGAGAAUCAGGCGUAUUGCGACUCGAAGCUGCACGUCACGACGUUGGCCAACGCCGUCGCUCGCCUGUGGCCGGAUGUGAAGAGCAACUCGGUCGAUCCUGGCUGGGUUCCCACCAAGAUGGGAGGUUCUAACGCACCUGAAAAGGCAGAGGAUGGAGUGGCAAGCUAUGUUUUGCUGGCGGAGGGAACUGGUGGUGGAGAUGUUACUGGAAAGUACUUCAAGCCUCCCGGACAAGAAGAUACUCCAGUCCCUUUCACGAAGGAGGAGAAGAGACAAGACCAGUUGUUGAAAUUGCUCGAGGAGGAGACUGGGGUCAAAAUUCCCGUGGCCUAA